GUGCCCGGCGGGCGGGUGGCCCGGGCGGGCCUGCGGGCGGGGAUGAGGACUGCGCCUCCGCGGGCCGGGCGCCUGCGGCCCGCUCGCUUUCCCGGAGCUCCACUGCGGCGGCUAGCGCGGAGCACGGAGCGGGCCUCGGAGGCGGAGCCAAGAAAUUCUCACCGCUCAGGAAGUCGUGCGGCGACCCGGCAGAGGGGCCCCUGACUCCCCAGGCUCCACUCAGGACCAUGAGAACAGGCUUCCCCCAGGCCCCCCAAGGGGCGAGGAUGGCCACCCAGUCCACUCCCCGCAGCCCCCCUCGGACCAGCACAUCCUCCUAGCACCGGGACAGAGGGGCCAUGCCUGGGGAGCAGCCCCAAGGAGCACCAGCCCUGGCCAGGAAUGGAGACUGGCAGCCCUGCCAGGUGGCCAGUGGCCCAGGGCACCACUGCCAGCCCCCCUGCAAGGACCACUCCCCAGCCAGCAGGCCCGCCAAGGGCACAAGGGAGGCUGGCUGCAGGACCCAGGCUGUGGAACCCCGGGAAGCCCAUCUGCGGCAGGCCCAAGUGGGGGCUCCCAAGGCCUCACUCCUGAGAACCCAGGCCCUGGGCAGUGGCCCUGGGAAGGGAGAUGGGACCCAGGAACCCCCAUUAAGGAGCCCCUCACAGGCUCAUAUGCGGCUGGUAGGUGGGGUGGCCAGCAGCCCCCCACAGACGUAUAGUCUAAGCAUUGCCAGCUCAAGGUCCAAACCUGCCCUGAACAAGGCCCCUGAGGGCCAGCAGCCUGAGGCCACCCAGCUCCCAGAGGCGGAGACCUCCCGGGGUCCUGGGCCUGAAGCUCCCCUCAGGCCCAGCGUUCCGAGAGCUGAGGCCCAGCCAGAGCUCAGUUUCCAAAGGUGCUUCCGAGAGGCCCCUUCCAGCUUUACCUCCAUCAACCAUACCUCAGCAAACACCACCCCCAGGCCCCCAACCCUGCGGGCCCCCCCAAGCAGAGGUGCCAGCCCCCUCAGGCCAGCCUCCUAUCCGCAAUUCCCGGCCAGUGGAGCCAACUCCUGGCCUCUUGCUGCUGAGAACAGCUUCCCAGGUGCUAAUUUUGGGGUUCCCCCCACGGAGCCAGAGCCUUUUCCUGAAGGUAGUGGGCCAGGCGGCAGCCCCAAGGGGGUCUCCUUCCCGUUCUCCUUCCCAGCACUGCACCGGGCGGGCACGAAGCCCUUCCCUGCAGACUCAGCUGGGCAGAAGUAUGCUGAUGGGAUGCUGGUGUUCACCUUCCACCAGGCCCCAGGUGCAUGGCCAGGGGAGGCUGUGGGCAUAGGCCCAGCCUACCCACCUGCCACACCUGCACUCCCAGCCCUGCCCUGCUACCCGGGCCAGCCGGGCAGCCUCAACCCCUCCAGAGACCUCAGCAGUGCCCUCUCUGCCCCAGGGGUCACUCACCCAGCCCCGAUCCCCUUCUCGGACAAUUUGCACAAGAGCCUGACCAAAGUCCUUCCCGACAGGCCACCUUCAGCCCAGGAUGGGCUAGGGAGCCCAAGGGGACCCCUGAACCCCCGGCCCCAGAGAUGCUUUCCAGGACAGGCACGUGGAACCAGGGUGGACACUAGCCCAGGACCUCUGGACACUGAGCUGGCCACUCCAGGGCCCUCACCCACCAGACUGCCUCCAUUGUGGGACCCCACAGCAGCCCCCUAUCCCACACUCCCCUUGGGCCCCCCAGCCACCACCCAGAAUACAUUCUUCGAAAGCCAGCCUAGCCCCACCCAGCAGCUCUGCCUCCCCCAGAGUCCCCCACUGCCCUGGGCCCAAGUGCUCCCAACUGCUGGGCCAAAUCCCCACCAAAUGGAUGUGCAAAACCGGCUGCCUUUCCCCACUGCAGCCCCAGAGUGGCAGGGGUACAGCCAGGGAGCCCUGGGUACCACUGGCCGGACACCCGGGCCUGGGGAUAAGCUGGCUGCCAUGAGCAGCAGUCCAGGCCAGCUGUUCACCUACAGUGGGCCCAAGGACCCGGGAGCACAGCCCCUGUUCUUCAGGGUGGCUCAGCCCCAGCUUUCACCCCAAGGGACCCCCAGCCUGCCCCCAGCCAGAGUGGUGGGAGCCUCCCCCAGUGAGUCCCCGUUGCCUUCGCCAGCCACCAAUGCUGCUGGCAGCACCUGCUCCUCCCUGUCACCUUUGUCCAGCAGCCCAGCCAACCCCAGCUCUGAGGAGAGCCAGCUCCCCGGCCCUCUUGGGCCCCCAGCCUUCUUCCACUCAUCCCCAGAGCCUCCACAUGCCCACCCCACCCACUACCAGCCAGAGCCUGCCAAGGUCUUCCCAUUCCCCACAGACAGGCUGGGGGUCGAGGGUGCUUUCCAGGCCCUGGAGGAGGCCCCGCUCCCCCGCGAGCCAUCCCCAUGCUCUGCCCACCACCUGUCCCUCAGCAGUGCCAGCCUGGCCCAGCUGGACGUGCUGCUCACCUGCAGACAGUGUGACCGCAACUACAGCAGUCUAGCCGCCUUCCUGGCACACCGGCAGUUCUGCAGCCUGCUCCUAGCCAGGGCCAGGGACAGCCACCAGCAGCCCCAGGGCCCCCCGGGGCUGCCCUCACCACUCAACACCCCCAAAGCAGCUGCUGACACGCACCCAGGCCUGCUCAGCCACAGUAAGACCUCCCCCUUCCUGUCCUCUGGGGACAUCCAGGAAGAAGGCAAAGAUGACUCCCUGAGGAUGAGUUUCUUGCCCAGCCUGGCUACCACCCCUUUGCCCCUCCCCACCACGGACCUGGACAUGGAGGAUGACGCCAAGCUGGACAGCCUCAUCACCGAGGCCCUGAACGGCAUGGAGCACCAGCCAGACAGUCCGGACAUCGACAGCAGCUUCAUUGAUGUCUUUGCUGACGAGGAACCUUCUGGCCCCAGAGGACUUGGCGCUGGGAAGCUCCCCAAGACCAGGGUAGGGAUGACUCCAGAGAACAGAACCCAGGCCCCGCUUGCAGCAGCCACAUUGGAGCCACAAGCUCCCCGCCCCGGGGAUGGGGGCCGCCCAGCCCAAAGCAGACCCAAAACCCGCUCCCUGGGUCUGACGCCCACAGAGACAGAAGCCACCAGCCUUGUCAGGCACCAGAGGAGAGGGAAGCAGUUGAAGCUGUUCCAGAAGGACCUGGACACGGCCAACACAACCAAGGGGCCUGAUGGAGGUGCCAGAGCCACCUGCCUGAGGCCCAGGAGGAAGGGCAGCCAAGCAGAGUGGCCCCGGCACUGUGCCCAGGACCUCCGGACUCAGGCCCCCAAGGACAGCACAGAACCUGACACCCAAGUCCCAAGGGCUACCCCUCUUGCUGAGGAGACCAGGAGCUCCAGGCAUGCCCGGAGAAGGAAAGCGGGGGCUGGCACCUGGAGCAAGGAGCUCAUCCACAAGAUCGUGCAGCAGAAGAACAGGCUGCAGCGGCAGGCACAGCCCAGUGGCAGGCGUGGCUCCCUGGUGGCCAAGGCUCCCCAGCCCAGCACCGAGGAUAGGCUCCGGAAGUGCAAGGAUGCCUCAGACUCAGAGGAUGAGCUUCUUCAGCAGCGGGACUGUGGCUCCAGGGGCCGGCCCCGCCGUAGCUGCCGGCGCUGGCACCAGCAGGGGAAGAGAAAGGACCUGGGCUUGGCCCAGGGUACCAGUGAGGACAAAGAAGUACCAGAGCCCAGGAAGGUGGGGAUGCAGGGGGAUCAUGGCUGCCCUCCAAGCCCAGAGCAACCACACAUGCCUUCCCUGGGCCCCCCACCAAGCCCAGAAGCUGAAGAGAGAGGCCCCCAGCAUGCUGACCACCCCAUGGCAGCCCCCAAGCAACCCCUACAGAUUCCCCCAGACACCAAGACUCCAGAAGAAAACCACCCCCAGCGGGCCAAGAAGCCUGGAAUUGCUGAAGAGUCACCCCCCAACACCAUAGAACUCAGAGAGGGCUUAAGUGCUCCUCCAGCCACCUGUGUAAAGGACAGCCUCAGGCCACCACCUCCAGAGCAGCCCCAGUCUGACAGAGAGGACAGCAGCCCCAAGCCCUCGGGGAGCCUCCCUGACACCAUGUCCCAAGGGAGGUCCCCAACAUCAGCCGCAGAUGGUCUGGUGCGUGCUGUUGGGGACAUGAGGCCCCCUGUCCCCUGUGUCAAAGAGGACUCCUCUGCCCACCAGCCAGGGGAAUUUCUGGGGUCUGUUGCUAGUGCCGUGAGUGCUGCCCACCCGGAACCCAGCAUCCUGUUCUCAAAGAACUCUGAUGGUGGUGGUAGCCCUGCUCAUGUUAACAGACUCUCCAUGGGGGUUCUAGUUGCCAAGAAGGGGCCCCAUCCCUGUAGUGGGUUCCUUGGACCCAAAGACCUGGCUGGCUGUUUCCCAGAUGACCUGUACUCCACGCCUGCGGCUGUGGACACAUCAGCAGCUGGCAGCCCCUAUCUCUGUGAUGACAGCGCAGAUACCUGUUCCCUGAAGCCGAAACCACCUAAGAAUUCACCUUACACAGUUGAAACGGACCCAGGCAAAGCUACAUCCCCACUGACCUUGGAGUCCACAUCCCUCUUUUUGGGGUUGCCCAUGGACAGAUUUGGCCCACCCCUCUAUGACAGCUUGUCUGCACACAGGGACCCCCAUGUGCCAUUUGCAGGUGCUGGCCCUCCCCAGGAGAAAUCCCAGGUCAAUGCUCAGUACCCCACAAUUUUGCUGCUUGAAGAAGUAUCCCCGGUGCUGCCCAGCCAUUUUUCUGACCUUGCGGAGGGAAAGGCCUUCAGGAAGCAGGGUCCUGGAGUGGGGACAGUGGUGCCCAGCCCUCCCUCUUUGCUGCCUGGGAAGGGAAGCGAGUGUAGCUCCACUUUUAUGAGCCACCUGUCAGAGGAUGAGCUAGAGAUCCAGAGAUUGGUCACUGAACUAGAAAGUCAGCUACGAAGAAGUGAAGGCACACACAGGGCCCCUGGAGCAGGUGGAGAAGCUGAGCGUGUGGGCAAGGUGGGCCUGGGCACAAGCACGGAGCCAUCCUCAUCUCUGCCCACCCACCAGACCACCUUGACCCCCAGGGACACAUGCUCUGCAGCUGACCUCACUGGUGUUGGGGAAUCGAGUUCACAUGGGGAAGGUGCAAAACCAUCCGUGGUCACCACGGAAGGGGCUCUCAGGAGACCCCCAGGGCAGUGGCCCCGCCCAGCCUUGUUCACUCAGGAAGACCUGGUUUCUGUGGCUCUUUUUGGCCCCGUGGAGGCCAGCUGCAGUUUUCAGCUGGUGCAGAAAGCCAGAGUCCCGGAGGUAGCAGGAGAAGGCACUCCCAGCCCCGCCAAGCAGCUGGAGCCCCUGCCGAGUGCUAAGAGUUCAGCAAGGUGCAGCCCAAACCCAGAUCUUCCAUUUCCUAAAAAUAAGGAGAUUGUGGGAACACAAGAAGGGGAAGGCACCUUGCUACCCUGUCCCUGUGAUCAGAGAAGGCUUUUUCCAGAGUCCCACAAGGCAGGCAGGUCCCACAAGGAGAACCCCACAUCGGAACCAUUCAGUGGCCCCAAUGCCUGCCUGCCAUCUGACCUGCUAUUUCGGGACGAUGGAGCUCUCCAUCUGGAUGUCAUCUGGCCUCCUGGGGCCCACUGCAGCGAAGCCACCCUGGGACCCUCUGGAGGCAGAACAGGGGGAUCAGGGAGGGUCCUUCACUCCAUAGUGGAGGGGCCUGGCUCUGAGGGUCGUGAGUUUGCACCAGCAGGGGCCUCCUCACGCAUGGCCCCCCCAGACAGGGAGGCUCAGCUUGUCCCUGUGCCCAGUCCUACUUGCGUGCCCAACACUGGCCCUAGCGGGAGGCUCCAAGGCCCAACCUCAACCCCCCAACUCCAAUCCGUGGGAGCUGAAGCAGCUGGGAGCAAAAAUGACACCCAGGGCUCAAAGGGGCCACCACCUGCUGACCCCCCAAGGCCUCAGGGAGAGGACUCCCCCAGUCUAGAAGGGCACAAUGCGAAAGGCAGGAACACGGCCCACAGCCCUGCCAAGGGCUCUCCAGGGAGAGAGGAGAUGAUGGCUGGACAUCAGGCAGAUGGACACCUGGGCUUGCUCAGCCAGACUGAAGAGCCCAAGGGCCAAGGCCAAGCCAGCCAGCUUCAGUCAGAUGACCCCACCCUGGGUGCUGGUCCUGAAACAACACCAGCCAGGCCCACCAGGAGAGCAGCCCUGCAGGGGGCAGUGCUCAAGAGACGCAGGGCAGCCUCGGGCCUUCAGUACAAGUCACAGACCACCCCAAGUCCCCCUUGCCCUGGUGCAGUGUCCCUCAAGCAGGCCUGCACAGAGGCCUAUACACAAGACGGGCCUGAGGACCAGUCUCUGGAGAAGGUGACCACACCAGGCCCGAACAUGCAGGUGCCACUCACAGGGACAAGCCUGGCCACCUGUGCCCCAUCACACACCACUCCAGCCACCCCCAUUCCCUGCAACCUCAAGCACCUGCCCCAGCAAGACCCCCCUACCUGGACUUCCACCGAGGCCCAAGGGGAAUGGAGGGGUCUAUUCCCUCCAUCCCCACCCAGCGGGGAGCCUCUCGGCCCCGGGCACCUCACAGCUUCUCUGGGAGAGACUGACUGUGUCCAGGCCCCCACAGAUGCUGGAGCUGGGGGGCCCCCAGAGGCUGCCCCAUCCUUAAUGACACAGCCCUGUGACCCCAAGGAGGUCCUGGUUCGCUGCCCUCUCCUGGAGGACAGCAGCCCCUUGGGAGACCCCCCCUCACAGCAGCCUGGCUUUGUCAGUAUCUCGGGGGACAGCACAUUGAGCACUCUAGAGGAUUCUAGAAAAAAGAGACCUGGGGUAUCGCCUGCCCACAAUACCCCACCUCCCCCCAUUGGGACUGUUUCCCCCAGAGUGACCAGCCUGCUCGCCAAAGAUGAGACGGAGGCCGCCAGAGCGCUUCGGGUGCCAGAUCCACCCUGCAGCAUAGCCCCAGCCCCCACCAGCCCUGAUGGGUUGCCCAGCAGCUCCUCCCCACCUUCUCCAAGUAACAGUGCCUGCCUCAGCUGCAGGGAAGGCCAGGGAGCCCGGCCUGUGCCCGCUGACCCUACUAUAGUAGGGGCCUCAGGGCCAGAUGACCAUACCUGCCCAGAAGAUGAGGUGGGGGCCAGCAGCCAGGGACAGCAGGACCUGGGGGCGCCUGAAGUUGGGUGCUCUGGCAUUAGUGAGGCCAGCCCCAUAGUCCCCUGCCCUCCUGAAGGACUCUGCCCUGGCAGGGCCACAUCUCCAAGCAGGAUGGCCAGUGACUUCAGGCCCCACUCCCCCGCCAACAACAGAAAUACCCCCAACCAGACAGCCCAAGAGGAACCCCUAGGUCUUCAAGCCCUCGAACAGAAGGCCCAUGGCCUUAAAAAGAAGCCCAUGUCCACAGAGCAUGGGCUCUGGAGGGGCCAGGCUCCAGGCACGCUGCCCAUGACCUGUGAGUUCUGCAUGGCCUCCUUCCGCUCCAGGCCUGGCCUGACCCGGCACAAGGCUAGGAAGCACCAGCUGCCUGAGGGCAACUCCCCGCCAAGCCCCACAGUCCAACCAUGCUGGACCUCGAGGAGGAAGAGCCAAAAGGCACCUGGGAAGGAUGGACUGCACCACUCAAUAACAAGCCCCAGCCACACCACUGAGCCCCCUCCUGACCAGGGCUCAAGGGUCAGAACACCAGGCUUCCCACCCAACCAGAAGCCCCACUCUCUGGGCCUGGGAGAACGUGGGAUGCGUGGGAAGCCCCCAGCCUCCAGAUCCAGGAGACCAGACCAGCCAGAGCCAGGCAAGCUCUAUCGCAGACAGGCAGACAAGAGAGAGGGCCAGAGGCGGCUCAGAGAGCCUGCAGGCUCCCUCAGCAACUUAGCAAAGACGUCAAGGAAGAAAGGGGGAAAGCUGGAACCAAGGAGGCUGGGAGAGACUGCUCCCCCUGACCUGGUCCCAGAUGGCCCCUGCUCGAGUCCAGCAGCUGCAGUGUCCAGUCACCCAGCCCCUCCAAGCUGUUGCCUCCCACCAGAGGGAGGGCCUACAGCAGCCCCAGGGCCCAGGGAGAUAGAGGCUGCCACAGAGAAGGGUGCCAGGGCCCUGUGUGCAGAGGGGAUGCCCGGAGACCCAGAGAUGUGUCAAAGGAGGACAGAGGAGGCGUCUGCUGGGGAAUGGUCAACUGAGCACAAGGGGACCUUGGCAAGGAGGCCCUGGGGCCCAAGAGAGGCCAGGGCCUUGGCUUGCAGAGAGCCACCUCAGGCCACCAAGAGCCAGCCUGCAAAAGACAGCAGAGGGGCCGAGAGCAGCCCAGGGGAGGGUGCUUGGGAGGGUCAUGUUCCCUCCCCGAGCCCCCCAGGUGCUCCUGAGACUUGCAGCUCUGAGGCGAGCCUCCUGGACAACCCAACAGUCCAGAGUGGGGACCAGAGGCCUGGAGGCUCCACUCCUGAGGCCCCCAGCCUGGGUCUCAAGGACCCUCUGAGCUUGUUUGAUGAUGAGGUCUCCUUUUCCCAGCUCUUUCCUCUGGGCGGUCGCUUGACAGGGAAGAAGAACCCACGUGUGUACGGGAAGCGCAGUGAGAAACCAAAGCGCCCAACGGUGCCCAAGCCCAGCAGCGAGGCUAGGAGUGGCUCCCCUCCAUGCUGUGCCCACCUGUCCACGGAUCUCAGCGACUCUGGCUCCCUCUGCCUCUCCCACGAGGAUCCGUGGGAGGACGAGGCCACAGGCCUGCCUGAGUCCUUCCUCUUGGACGGGCUCCUCAGCAGCAAGGUCCCUGGCAUUGACCGCUGGGCCCCUGGCCUCAGCCUGUGGGCCCUGGAGCCCAACAGUGAAGCCAGCACGGAGAAGGUGCUUCCCCUCCACCCUGAGGACGACCACCCGGAGACCAUUCCCAAGCUGCACAUGGUGCCUGCAGCUUGGCGAGGUCCGGAGCUGCAGGUCCCCACUGAUGACACACCACUUACUCUGGGGGAUGCCAGCCCGGAGCCCCCCAACCUGGAAAGAGAACGGUAUGAUGGGCACCCUGGGAACACCAGCCUGCUGCCACUGCCUGCCAUGGACUUUGGGGUGCUGGGCACCAAGUUUGAGGUGCAAGACCUCUGCUUCCUGGGACCCUUUGAAGACCCCGAGGGUCUUUCUGGCACAAAUUUCUUCAAUUUUGAGGCCACAGCAAAGUCACAGGACCAAAUGACAGAGGAGGCAGCUGGGCAGAGGAGGGCGCAAGGCCGAGUGCCACCAGCCAAGGGCAAGAGGGCCUCUUACAAGUGCAGGGCGUGCUUCCAGCGCUUCUCCGGCCUGGGUGAGCUGGACCUGCACAAGCUGGCGCACAGCCCCGCCCCGCCCCCCACCUGUUACAUGUGCGUGGAGCGCACCUUUGGCUCCAGCCAGCUGCUGCGGGAGCACCUGCAGGAGAAACACCUGCAGGGCAAGGCGGGGCCCUGGGCAUGCGGCAUGUGCCUGAAGGAGGUGGCCGACGUCUGGAUGUACAAUCAGCACCUGCGAGAGCACGCCGUCCGCUUCGCCCGCAAGGGGCAGGUGCAGAGGUCUUUGGGGGGCCUGCCUAGCUGCUUGGAGGAUGGUAGUGCCUUCUCCCACUUCCUGAACAGCGUCCCGGAACCUGCAUGCAAACCCCACAGGGGCAAGCGCUCGGCUGGCAAGGCCCACGGCACCCCUGGAGAGCCGUCAAGGGGAGCCGGGAAAGACAGCCGGAGGGAGAAGGCGAAAGCUGGAGGGAGAAGCAGCUCUGCCCCCUCGGGCCCAGAUGGCGCCUCCACACCUGGCAGAGUCCUGGCCUGUGCGUCAGCCGAGUCCUGCAGUCCCGCAGCUUGCGCGCACCCUGCUCUGGCCAGCAACUCCGCCACCUCCCCAGACCCCGCCAAGACGUCCCCGAGCCUGUCUCCCGACCCCUGGUCCGGCAGCGAGUCCCUCCUCCAGGCCAUCCCGGUGCACGAGGACUGCAAGGACCCCUCCCGCGACUGCCACCACUGCGGGAAGCGCUUCCCCAAGCCCUUCAAGCUGCAGCGCCACCUGGCGGUGCACAGCCCGCAGCGCGUCUACCUGUGCCCCCGGUGCCCUCGCGUCUACCCGGAGCACCGCGAGCUGCUGGCGCACCUGGACGGGGCGCACGGCGUGAGGGAGAAGCCGGAGCUGCAGCACACGCCGCUGUACGCCUGCGAACUCUGCGCCACCGUCAUGCGCAUCAUCAAGAAGUCCUUCGCCUGCAGCGCCUGCAACUACACUUUUGCCAAGAAGGAGCAGUUUGACCGCCACAUGGAUAAGCACCUGGGGCGGGGGCAACAGCCCCUCACCUUCCGUGGGGUGAGGAGGCCAGGAGCCCUGGGGCAGAAGGCCCCAGCCCUCGAGGGCGUGCUGCCCAGCAAACGGCGCAGGGUGGCUGUGCCUGGCAGCCCCCUGGGUCCCUGCAUGGACAGGCCUCUGCCCCAGAGCAGCAGCCCAGCCCGGAGUGAGGAGUCCCACCUAGUUCUGCUCCAGCUCUGUCCACAGGCAGCUCCCAGCACCACUGAGGGACCACCCAAUACUCCAGAGAGGCCUGUAGACCUGGCAGGCCACGUGGGCACCCGGUGCAACCUGCCACCUGACCCCCAGGAGCACCUACCCCCAUCACAGUCUCCUUUCCCAGCUGCCUUGGCUGAUGGCAGAGGCGCUCACAAGCUGGACCCAGCCCUAAGGAGGCCGGAGGAUAAAGCUUCCCCGGGCAGCCCUGGGCCUUUUGUCCAGCCCACUAUCCUAUCAGGGCCAUCGCUGCCCCACCCAAGCACCAGAGGCCAAGGUGCAGAAGAAAAAGGGGCUCCCCUCCUGCUCUCAGGGAAACGCAGGACCCCAGGCACCCGUGGCAAAUGUGCCCCUGAAAGUUCCCAGGAAGACCCCUCUGUGCUCCAGAAGCAAAUGGCCACGUGCCACCUGGUGCCUGACGUGGGGACGGGGGGACCCUCCCACAAGAGCAAUGCCACCAAGCCUGGUGGCUGCCGGAGUUCAUCAAAAAACAGGUCAGGAGCAUCCACCCCCAGCCAAGCACCCAAGCUCCCAUUGCAGCCAAGGAGGGCCGUGGGGAACCUGGAGCCCGGAGAGCUGGCCUGCAGCACCGAGAACAGAACGAAGGCCACCACCCCCAAAGAUAGGCCAGGACCCAGCUCCCAGGGCAGUGGGGGCCCCCGCCCUGGCACCAAGAUUGGGGGUGGAAGCCAGCCCCAUCCAGCCAGCGGGCAGCUCCAAAGCGAGACAGCCACCACCCCAGCCAAGCCUGACGUCCCCAGCCAGAGCCCCACACCUGACAAGACCCCUCCUCGAGCCCAAGCCAAGGGCUACACCAAGGGGCCCAGGGGAGGUGGUGACCAGGGGCCACAGUGGAGCCCAGGCCCCAGGGAGAAGGGGGUCGGGAGUGAGAAAAGAAGGAAGGGCCAGAUCCCAGGGCCAAUUAGCAGUGACAAUACAGACAACUUGGGGAGAGUCCCCCCAGCCCCUAAUAGACCCCUCCGGGCCCCUCGAAAGCAGGCAACCCCCAGCCGAGUGCCCCCAGCCAAGCCCAGACCCAGUGGCCAGACCAGCAAGCAGAAGCCGCAGCCCUCAGAGCCUGGCCACCCUCACAGGAGAGAUGUACAGGGCAAGACCUUCCCCCAGGCAAGACCUCUGCUCAGGCCCCCCAGGAGGGGCAGAGCUGUCCACGGUGCUGAGCCUGCUGACCAUGACUACCGGACAGCUGAGGCCCAGAGUGACCUCCUCAGCCAGCUCUUUGGGCAGAGACUAACUGGCUUCAAGAUCCCCUUAAAGAAAGACAUUUCUGAGUAAUUUAUGGUAGCAGGCGCCCUCCCACCAGCUUCGGCUCACAUGGUUCAACUUGUGGCCACCUGCCUUGUCCUACAAAGGCUCAGACUUUGUGUCUGGGCUGUGAGGGUGAUGCUUUGGUCAGAGCCAGGGUGGCAGCAGUUCCUUCAUGCUGGAAGGCUGGGGGUGAGGGACGGGCCAGCAGCAGCUGCUUUGAGACCAACAAGUACUUGAGGAGGGAGCAGCCCACCCCCUGGCCCAGCCCAAUGUGCCCCAGGUACCAUGAGCUGCAAAAUCCCUACCCCAAGUCACCCAGCAGGAAAGUAAGUCGAGGCAGCCACUCUCUCAGUCUCAUCGCUGCUGUGGAAAAUUCCGAAGUGACCUUAGAAACCACACGGGGAAGGCAGGCUCCUGAGCAGCCUGGUCCCCUGACCGCAGGGUCAGGCCCUGUCCGAGCUACAAGGGAAACGCCCAGCUCCAGCAUACUUUGACCCGGGCACCAGGUUCCCAUCUGGAACAUGGAGAGGGCUGGUCAUCCACCAGUUCCUGCGGUCUCCCUCCCCAUCCCCUGCCUCAGCCCUUUCUAGAGCCUUCCUCCUUCAUGAAACUCCUGGCUCCAAGUGUCAGCAAUUUUACUCUGAAGUUUCUGGUGCUAUUUUCAUGUUGUAAUGUGAAUAAGCCUUCCGUGAUGUCUUUUGUACCUGGGGGAUUGGGUAGGGGAGAAGGGUAGGCUGGAGGACAGCUCCCUGAGGGCCCCCAGCUGGGCUCUGAGCCCAAGUCUGAGGAGCCCAGCGGGGACACUCAUGCCAGGGCCAUGGAGGUGCUAUCAGGUCAAGGAGGUGUCCCAUGCACUGCUGUGAUCUAUGGGCAUUGUCCUUCCACAGAGUCAUGUCUUAAUGGGGUAGGUGGGACAGCUUUGUUCUUUCUGUAAGUAUCUGAAAGAUUCUUGGUCCAUUUUGCUCUGUUUUCUAGUUUUUACCUUGGGUGCAAUGUAUGUGUCAAAAGUUUUUAUUUUGAUAUUUUGAAAGAAACCAAAUUGGGCCAAAAUCACCAUUCUGGGAGAUGUGGCGGGCCAUUCAAAAUGCCUCCUUGGUGUCGGCAGACUGAGCAUGGAGAGACCUGAGGUUGUACUGUACAUGCUAUGGUGAACUCAGCUUCUCAAAUAUAUCCCACUAU